UGUUACUUCUUCUCGCCAGCUGCUUCUGAUCUGGUCCUUCACGCGGCUCUGGUCCAGGAGACGGCGUACAUUGAGGACCGGCCCCUGCACAUGCUGUACUGCGCCGCCGAAGAGAAUUGUCUGUCCAGCACCGCUCGCAAUGCCAACUGGCCGUACGGCCACCGCCGGCUCCUGCGCUUCUCCUCCCAGAUACACAACAACGGGCGGGCGGACUUCCGGCCCAAGGCGGGCAGACACUCCUGGGUGUGGCACGAAUGCCACGGGCAUUACCACAGCAUGGACAUUUUCACACACUAUGACCUGCUCACGUCAAACGGGACCAAAGUGGCCGAGGGACACAAGGCCAGCUUCUGCCUGGAGGACACGGAGUGCCAGGAACUGGUCAGUAAGAGAUACGAAUGCGCCAACUUUGGGGAACAAGGGAUCACGGUGGGAUGUUGGGAUUUGUAUCGUCACGACAUUGACUGCCAAUGGAUCGAUAUCACGGAUGUCAAACCCGGCAACUACAUACUACAGGUCGUCAUUAACCCGAAUUUCGAGGUGGCGGAGAGCGACUUCACCAACAACGCCAUGAAGUGUAACUGCAAAUACGACGGCCACCGGAUCUGGAUCCACCACUGCCACCUCGGUGAGCGUCCAAUCAGAGCCAAUCCCAGACCAAAGCGGGGGCGGGGCCACCAGAAAUCAUCAUAUACAGGGCUACAUACGUGUCCAAUCAGCUGGGAGACUAAAGGUCACGUUGUGGAUCACGGGUCACCCCAGGUCCUGGUCACAUAUGUGC